AUGUUGGAGUAUUCGACUGAGGACAUCGCAGCAGCAAGGAGCUUGCAGUUUACUUCGUACAUAUACACGUCAAUGGCUACAUUCUGGACCUAUGAUUAUGCAUGUUCACUCGAUGAAGAGUGGACAUUUUUGCUUCGAUCACAAUGGACCAAGAUGAAAGGCUUGUAUAUUGUUGCACGAUAUCUCCCCUUUAUCCUUCUCGCCACGGAUCUAUAUUUGACCUUUAUUCCGAAUGAGAACCCAGGUAAAUGCCGCAUGUUGGACAGUAUCAGCUCAGGGAUCGGCAUGCUAUUAGUCAUUUGCUCCGAGUGGUUCUUUAUCCUCAGAACAUAUGCGCUCUGGAACAACAAUAAAAUCUUGCUCGUAGCAUUGGUGUCUGCCUUUUCUUCUUUUCUCGUAGCAUCCAUCAUCAUUGCCUUCGCCACUACCGUCCCUGCAGCACAUGCGACUAGCGCGGUCCCGGGAAUCACAGGGUGCUACCGGAGUUCGACCAAUUACAAACUCUUUAUACCAUUUCUUCUCUUUUCGGUGUUCGAACUAGGACUCCUGAUACUCACUCAUACGUGCCAUACAAAGCUGGCGGACACACCAAAGUCCUAUGUACGUUGUCCUACUAAACCACAACAUAUCCUAUUAUGCAUGCGGUUUUCUGUUCUCGAUAGCGAACAUCUUCACAUCGCUGUUUCUCCACGAUUCCUACCAGACUAUUUUGGACGGUUUAUGAUCCUUGUCAUCCUCGCCACGCGCAUGCACCUUCAUCUCUGGCAGACGAACCGACAUGGACGUGGCUCUGUCGCCUUCACGGAUAUUCCAAUGUCCGAUAUAUCAUUUGUCACUUCUACAGCGUGA